AUGGGCAGCUUGCGCGCCCCGCCGGCGCCGGCGCCGCUCGUCGGAAGCACUAGGGUUGCCUUCCGUUCUGGGAUUCGCUUUUCCUCCGACACAGUCCUCAAAUACAGAGGGUUAACUACCAGUAGCGCGAUGAAGUCGUAUAGGCUAUCCGAGCUCAGCGACGCCGAGGUCAGCGGCCUCAAGGCUCGUCCCCGCAUCGAUUUCUCGUCCAUAUUUGGCACGGUGAAUCCAAUCGUUGAGGAUGUCCGUGUCAGAGGUGAUGCAGCAGUUAAGCACUACACAGAAAAGUUUGACAAGGUCACGCUCGAUGAUGUUGUCGUUCGUGUUAGCGAUCUUCCAAAUGCAGAGUUUGAUCCAGCGGUGAAGGAAGCCUUCGAUGUUGCAUAUGACAAUAUAUAUGCCUUCCAUGUUUCACAAAAAUUACCCGAGAAGACAGUUGAAAAUAUGAAAGGGGUAAGAUGUAAGAGAAUAACAAGGUGCAUUGGUUCUGUUGGGCUGUAUGUCCCAGGUGGCACUGCAGUCUUGCCUUCGACUGCAUUGAUGCUUGCUGUGCCUGCACAGAUUGCUGGAUGCAAAACUAUUGUUCUUGCCACACCACCUAGCCGUGAUGGUAGCAUAUGCAAGGAGGUUCUUUACUGUGCAAAGAAAGCUGGUGUGACACACAUAUUGAAAGCCGGAGGAGCUCAGGCAAUCUCAGCAAUGGCAUGGGGAACUGCGUCGUGCCCAAAGGUUGAGAAGAUUUUUGGGCCUGGCAACCAGUAUGUAACAGCUGCCAAAAUGAUUCUUCAGAACAGUGAAGCUAUGGUAUCUAUAGACAUGCCUGCUGGCCCUUCUGAAGUUUUAGUCAUUGCUGAUAAAUAUGCGAACCCAGUUCAUGUUGCUGCUGAUCUGCUAUCUCAGGCAGAACAUGGCCCAGAUAGUCAGGUUGUUCUAGUUAUUGCUGGAGAUGGUGUUGAUUGGGGUGCCAUUGAGGCAGAAGUUAGCAAACAGUGCAACGCGCUUCCAAGAGGUGAAUUUGCUUCAAAAGCACUUAGCCACAGCUUCACUGUGUUUGCCAAAGAUAUGGUUGAGGCUAUAUCAUUCUCAAAUCUGUAUGCCCCUGAGCAUUUGAUCAUCAAUGUUAAGGAUGCUGAGCAGUGGGAGGAGCUCGUCGAGAAUGCAGGGUCAGUUUUCUUGGGCCAAUGGACCCCAGAGAGCGUGGGCGAUUAUGCAAGCGGAACAAACCAUGUCCUUCCAACCUAUGGUUACGCGAGGAUGUACAGUGGUGUAUCACUGAACUCUUUCCUCAAAUACAUUACAGUCCAAUCCCUAACAGAGGAAGGACUGAGAAAGCUGGGUCCAUACGUCGCGAAGAUGGCCGAAGUGGAAGGGCUAGAGGCGCACAAGAGAGCCGUUAUCCUCAGACUGCAAGAGCUCAACGGCGGCGGCCAGUGGGAUAGGGCGGAGGCUCUGAGGCGGGAGACUGGACCUGGACUGCGCGAGGAUAAUUGCAAGGCUGUUGCUGAUCCCUACAUCGAGUGCGAGUUCAUGAUCAUCUUGAUUGAUCUCAUCCUGCACAAGACAAGGGCUUACCGCCAUGUUCUGUUUAAUAAGCUGAGCAUGGGAUCAUCUGUUGACAAGGGAAUAAUUUACCGGUCUACUUUGAUACAUAUUGCUCUUGACGCAUUCAGAAUAUCUUUUUCGAAAGGAAACCGAGCUGAUGGGGCUUCUUCCAGGAGUAUUUUCUCAACAAUUUCCAAUUGCACUGAGGUUAUUGGUGAUGCAUUGUUGGGAAACAUCAUAUUUAUGACCAUGUUACUCCUGGGAGUGCGAUUUAUUCUCAAAUUAUCUUUUGAUAUUAUAAGGUAUAGGGAUGUUCUGUUCGCUGUCAUCAUUUCAAGCUACUUCAAGUUGUUUCUUUUCACAAUGAUGGUUUGGGAGUUCCCAUCAUCUGUUAUAUUCAUUGUUGAAAUGUUUGUUCUCUCAUCAAAUGUUGUAGCCCUGAGAGUUUCCAAAAGCCCACUGCUUCGCGGUCUGCUUACUAGCACAUGCAGCAAAAUACUUGACCCAGCGAUGGAUCCUUGGAACGCCUUGAGCCUGAACAAGUCCAGACCAUCCUCGAGCUUCAAGCAUGGCCCUAAUCUACAGAUGGACCGUCCUGGUGCUUCUAGCGACGUCUAG